AUGAUGCAAGUCACAAUACUGGCGCUUUAUUUAUUGGCCGCCGUCGCCAAAAUUGGCGGGGUACUGCACAUGCAUGUCAUUGAAGACCAACCUUUAGCAGUAAAGUUCGGGAGAUACGCGGACAAAUCGAUAAACGUCGAGGAAAGACCAGGAAGCUUGGAACAGCCAGAGUCAAAAGGAACGCCGUUUACAGUUCGAGGCGGCUCAGAAGGAAUGACAGAAGACAAUAAGGGCAAUGUAGAGAAUAUAGCCAAAGCCACUCCAGCGAUAGCUCCGGUCGGGGAAAAGGCGAAAACCGAAGUAUUACUUGACAGCCGUGGAGUGUCAAAGGAGAAGGAAACCUCUUCGCCAAAAAGGCAGGAGACGAGUAGCUAUUCUAAUGAGGUUUCUACAAGGAAGAAGAGAUGUUUUAAUGUUCCUAUGUGCCCCGCCGGAUAUAGGAGAAAAGGAAUAGCACUCUGUGUGCCUAAUUCUAUUUCCAAGUCCGAAAAUGGGAUUUCCAAGUCCGUCAAAAAAAUGGGAAAACCGCCAAAAAAGGAGAAAAAAACAAAAGUAGUACUUGACAGCCGUGGAGCGUCAAAGGAGAAGGAAACCUCUUCGCCAAAAAGGAGGGAGACGAGUAGCUAUUCUAAUGAGGUUUCUACAAGGAAGAAGAGAAGAAUUGUUGAACGUCGGAGAUGCCCACCCCCACGUAUAGGACAUUUGGACCAUUCUGUAUGCAUAAUUCUAUUUCCAAGUCUGAAAAUGGGA